AUGUACGCGACUGUUGCGUCGCGGGACCGGCGGCCAGCCAGCCGCCCGGCCAUGAUCAUGAACAUCCCGAUCAAGGGCAAGAAGCAGACCAAGAGCCAGCGCAAGGCCGCGGCCAAGGCGCAGACGGAAGCGGCGCCGCAGAUCGUCCAGUGGGUCGAAGAGCGCCUCGACGACCACGUGUGGCGGCUCAUCUUUGAGUGCAUGGAC